CGCCUACUCCGAGUGCGCGGGCCCGUCGUCGACGCUGUUCCAAUGCUGUGUGAGCCGUCUCCGACGCUCUCCGUCGCAGCAGCAUCGUUAGUUGGUGUUGGGAGGUCUUGAAGCCAUUGCCGGCGGCAGUAGCGUAUCUCGGUGCCACUCCGACUGCGCGGCAGUGACCACGUGGUGCCCCGUCGGUGGGCUUCCGAACUCGCGAGACAUCCAUCCCGCUCUCUCUUUCCAUCCAUCCACCAAACAAUGUCGGACGACGAGCAGUUCGACGAAGUCGUCUACGAGACAAGGACUCCGGCAGAGGCGCCGUCGCGUGCUUGUGACGCUUGCCGCAAGAUGAAGAUCAAGUGCAUCGACAAGGAGAAGCCGCCGUGCAAGCGCUGUAAACAGAUGAAGAUUCAAUGCCGCUUCGUCAUGGGCCCCAUGCCGCGGCAGGUGCUCGAGGAGACCGAGGCGACCAAGUCCCGCCUCGAGGAGCUCGAAGGCCACGUCUCGGGCAUCUACAAAAAGCUUGAUCAGAUGACGGAUGUACUGUCGCGCCUGGUUCCGCCGACACCGGCGAGUGCGGCUGGCGUCUCCCCCACCGCGCCUCCCCACCGACAUCCCCUGCGCACCGAGUCAUACGAGCCGCCGCCGUCAAUGACUCCGUGGUCUGACUCGAGUGGGCCGCCCUCGCUCGGUCGUAACCCCUUCGAGCAUGUGGCGCCUCACCACAACCCUACGCAUAUGCACCCCCCGCCUCACAUGCAUGUCCCACCUCCACAUUCGCAUAACUCGCAUACCCCACAUCAUCCGCAUCACACGCCGACGCACCUGCAUGCGCCGCAGCAGGCGCCGAUGAGCCAUGAGCGCGAGCGUCUGCCGGCACGCACGCGCUCAUCGUCCCCGCUCAGUCAUGACGACAUGCUGGAAGCGGCAGCGGAGGGUGAGCCCUUCCGCCACUUCACCAAGCAGGAGGAGGACGCACACAUUCUGCGCGACGGCGGACCGGUCCCGCCGCCCGCGCGCAAGCGCAAGCGCAACACAGGCACGAGUGAUGGAGACGAGUGGGAGCCGCCGAUCCGCGAACGCGGCGACUUGCUAGCACACGCUCUUGAUCCCAUCACCAGCGGGCAGAUUCCCGAAGACGAGGCGCGCCACCUCUUUGACCGCUUCUUCAAAUACUCGCACCCAUUUGUGCCCGUCUUCGACCCGAAGGAGGACACGUUCGAGCACAUGCGCAAGUCGCCGCUGUGCAUGACUGUGAUUUUGAUGGUGGCGCUGCGGCACCGUGAGGCAGCAGGCGAACCGUCCGCGCUCUCCCGGCAACUCAAGGAUCAGGCGGAGCACAUGGUCAAGCUCACCUUGUUUUCGCCUGUGGCGACGCUCGAGACGGUACAGGGCCUGACUGUGCUUGUGCACUACUCAGAACAUGCGUGGCGGACGUGCUGCCACGCCACGGCCUUGGCCGUCGACAUGCGCCUGUACCGCUGCCUGCCGUACCUCCACAAGAUCCGUACCGCACGGCAUCCCAACCGGCUGCUGGAGAGGCAGCGUCCACUCGUCGCUGGUGCGCGCGUGUGGCUAGCGCUCAUGCGCUUGUCGUACGAGAUGUCGUUCAACCACUCUCUGCCCAUCCAGUUCAACAGCCCACACGGCAAGCGCACGCAGUAUGCGCGUGACUUGCUGGAUCACCCGCUGUCAAAUCUCAACGACUCGCGCCUUGUUACUGCCUGCGAGAUGUGUGAGCUUCGCGAAAUCCCGUUCCGCCCACAUGAGAGCCUCGCGAGCCAGGACCAGGCCGAAGUCGACCGCCUCGUGCGCAUGGCCAACCGGGGCAUACACGAGCUUGAAUAUUUCACGUGCUUGCUUAUCCCUGACCGUAUCGGCCUUCCAAAUGACCACUUUCUCCGCAUUGAGCUCGACAACCAGAAGGCGUACUGCAUCAUGUACACGAACUCGCCGGCAUGGCAUGGCGUGCACAAGAAGGGCGACAUUGCGCGCCUCAACCCAGAGCGUCAGGGCUGGGUGGCCGAAGCUAUGCGAUGCGGGGCAUUCCUUGUCUCUUGCUUGGCGAACAAGCGCCUCGAAGAGGAGAGCGAGUUCGGGAACCACGGUUACUACGUCGGCAUCGUCGCGACGAGCCGCUACCUGAUCCGGAUGUGCGAGCUCCUCCCUACCGCAUGCGACUUGCAAGACAUCAGCCUGAACAUCGACAAGCUGCUGCUCAAGCUCCCAGUCUUCGCCGCAGGCCCCUUCGCCGACGGCCUGCGCCGCACGCUGCGCAAAGCCCGCGAACAAGGCAUUCUGCCAUACACACGCAUCUCGGACGCGGCGGUCCAGCCCGCGCCCGAGACCGCGGCGUCGCGCCGCGCCUCGGCCGUCGCGGCCACACAGUAUCCCGGCUUCAACCCCUUUCCGUGGCAGGACCCCGUACAGGCGUUCCAAGUUACGCCGCCCGCGCCGGGCCCGGGGUCCGCGACCGGGCCGUCGCCCGUCGAGACGCACCUCCUCCCGGCCGACCCCGGGGCGUGGCCCGACGAGUUCAACCUCGCCGCGUGGUUCCCGAGCGCAGACGAGAUGAGCGUGGAUAUUUCCGCGCUGGAUGAUAUGGCCAAUUGGUUCCCGGCUGCGCCGCAGGUAUGGCAGGAGCCGGGGGGGAUGUAGGGGGAGGGG